AUGAAGACUCAUUUCCUUUUCUUCCUCUUGGCGUCUACGCUGUGGUUCCAGGAUGUCGUCUGGUCCACUCCAGUGCCCGGCACAGGAGGUUCCAAAGGUACCCGCCUUCUCAAACAAAAGCCGAACCGCAAGACGACUUUGUCUAGGUUGACGCCAUUGAAAAGCACGAAUGGCAUUCAGCAAACUACAGCUCAGCCGCUGGGGAUAAUCAAAAACAAGCCCAACAACAAGGCCAACUUUGCAACCACCGCUCAGGUUUCCCAAAAGAAAGGAAAUACCAGCAAAAAGGGAAACCCAGCAACUAAGAAAGGACAUAAAGGUCAAAAUGUGACCAAGAAACCAUCUACUGCUACUACUACUACUACUACUACUACUACGACUACUGCCACCAUAGGCAAAAAGUCCAACGGCCGAAAGCAGCAUGUGGUUCCUACCAAAAAGACAAAUGUGAGGUUUCAACAUCAAUCUCUACCGUUCAAACUACCAACAAAGGCUGUAUCCAUCAUCGAUAACCCUACCUCGGACUAUGAAGUACAAGACAAAACAGGAAAAGGAACAGUGACCUUGUCCCUCACCAGCAUUCAGACCUGUCUCCAGCAGGGUGCCAAAAUCAACAACCUAAACCCACGAUACGCAAACCACCAGCAAAUGCGCAUUGGCGCGGGACGAAAUCGAUACCCGACAGAGAUCAACGGCAACAAGCAGCCGAUCCCAAGCUUCUUGGCCAACAAGCUGCUCCCCGGCGAAAUUAUCCUGCAUCACCCACUCCAGGGGCCUGAUGUCAAGAUAGGUCCGUACGACCGGCCGCGCACGACGGGGCCGGGCCCGCAUCGCUGUUUUUUCGCGGUGAAAGAUGGCAAAUACCGUUUUCUCGCCGUGGGAACGCACCAUGGCGCUCCGAGCGGCGGGUUUACUGAAGCGGCAAGAUGGCCGAGCGGUCUAAGGCGCCAGACUCAAGUUGAGCCAGUACACCUCAAGUACUCCACAACUUCCGAAUCCCCAGAUUCGGCGUAUUCUGGUCUCGAAAGAGGCGUGGGUUCAAAUCCCACUCUUGUCACCAAUCUUAUCUUUGUUAGUAUAGUGGUCAGUAUGCAAGCUUGUCACGCUUGA